AUCCGCCGCUAAAUUUAAAUUAAUUUUCUUUUAAAAAGGCAUGUGUGGUUUAUGUGCCGCGAAUCAAAAGACGCCAACGGCGGCACACGCAUAGACAGAUCAUUAAAAUCUUUCCCCGGUUGCAUAUGUAUAUAGCAGCGAUCGUCGUCGUCUAUUUCUUUUCUUUUUUUCUUUCUUUUUUGUUUUUCCUGCUUCUUCAUGCUAGUUUUAGCGCUAGUCUUUGUCCUUCGUCAAGCACCAGCCUCUCUUUUUUUAAAAAAAAUAAAUUUGUCUAAAUUGUUACCCAUAAUCAAUUAGGUUUAGGGUUUUUGAGACAAUUAAAGUAAAAAAAUAAAUAAAUAAAUAAAUAAAAGAGAAAUGGCGACUAUGGAUCUGAUGCUGAAAGGGUCAUGUAGUGGAUGUGGAUCAACCACCGACUUAUACGGAAGCAACUGCAAGCACAUGACAUUGUGCUUGUCUUGUGGCAAAACCAUGGCUGAAAAUCAUGCUAAAUGCUUUGAUUGUGGUGCUACUGUCUCUCGCUUGAUUCGGGAAUAUAAUGUUAGAGCAAGUUCUAGCAGCGACAAGAACUACUUUAUUGGUAGGUUUGUUACGGGUCUACCGAGUUUUUCUAAGAAAAAAAAUGCUGAGAACAAAUGGUCUCUUCAAAAAGAAGGUCUUCAAGGACGUCAACUUACUGAUGCCUUGCGGGAGAAAUACAAGAACAGACCUUGGCUCCUGGAGGAUGAAACAGGCCAGUUUCAGUACCAAGGUCAUCUCGAAGGUUCACAAUCAGCAACUUACUACCUAUUGAUCUUGCAGGGGAAAGAGUUUGUUGCUAUUCCUGCUUCUUCUUGGUAUAAUUUUAAUAAAGUUGCUCAGUAUAAGCAACUCACUUUGGAGGAAGCGGAAGAGAAGAUGAGGAACAGGAGAAAGACUGCAGAUGGAUAUGAGAGAUGGAUGAUGAAAGCUGCCAAUAAUGGACCCGCUGCAUUUGGUGAAGUGGAGAAGCUUGAUGAUAAGGACAGUGGAGCAGCUAGUGGAAGGGGACGUAAAAAGGCAGCUGGUGACGAUGAAGAAGGUAAUGUAUCUGACAGAGGAGACGAAGAUGAGGAAGAGGAGGCAGCAAGGAAGAAUAGACUUGGACUCAACAAGCGUGGUGGUGAUGAUGAUGAGGAAGGUCCAAGGGGAGGAGAUCACGAUAUUGAUGAUGAUGAUAUUGAGAAGGGUGAUGAUUGGGAGCAUGAAGAAAUUUUCACCGAUGAUGAUGAAGCUGUUGGUAAUGAUCGUGAAGAGCGGGAAGAUUUGGCCCCAGAGGUUCCUGCUCCUCCAGAAAUCAAGCAGGACGAAGAUGAUGAAGAUGAAGAAAAUGAGGAAGGUGGAUUGAGCAAAUCUGGGAAAGAGUUGAAGAAGCUCCUUGGUAGAGCUGGUGGAUUGAAUGAUUCAGAUGCAGAAGAUGACGAUGACGAUGAUGAUAUGGAUGAAGAUGUCAGUAUUUCUCCUGUACUGGCUCCAAAGCAGACACCUAAGGAGGAACCUGCUGACAACAGUCCUGCAAAACCAAUGACUUCUGCAUCUUCUAAGGGAACCCCUUCUACUUCCAAGUCAGCAAAGGGAAAAAGAAAAUUAAACAGUGAUGAAGCAAAACAAACUAAUGUUGCACCUCAGAAGAAGGUGAAGACAGAAAAUGAAUUAAAACCUACUGUAAAAGAAGAAAGUGCACCUACUAGUAAAAGUAGUGCAACUCCUAAAGCGGCGCCACCAUCAGCAAAAACAGGGUCCACGUCACCUGUCACUGAAGAAGAGAUUAGGGCAGUUUUGCUGCAAAAUGGGCCAGUAACUACACAGGAUCUUGUUGCUAGGUUUAAAUCAAGACUAAAAAGCUCUGAGGAUAAGAAGGCUUUUGCAGAUAUCCUGAGGAGAAUUUCCAAGAUUCAGAAAACCAGUGGAUCUAGCUAUGUUGUCUUAAGAGAUAAAUGAUGAUACCUUUUUUUUUUUUAUUUCUUUUGCAUCUAUCUUAUCUUAUGAAACUGGAAAGUGUAUAUGCUUCUCACUCCCAGAACACACAAUACUGAUCUGUGUGUGAGCUGGGGUGCGUGUUGUGGCUUUUUGCUGUGCCAAUUUGACAAGGAAAUCCGGUGCUGUAAAUUUUCUUAGCUACAAAUUCAGAGAUGUUUUGCCUUUGUUGGUAUUUAUUUCUUUUCAUGGUCA